CCGAUGGUAACUGUGGUGUGGGCUCUGAUUGGGUGCAGUUCUUCAUGACGUAUACGGAUGCGGAAGAGGGGUUGAGUCGGUGUGAAGCUACGGCGUGCAGACAGAUCAGGGAGAGAGAGCUGAGUUUGGCUGUCAUUUGUUUCUUGAUCUUCCCCUGUUGUCACAAUGAAUGCUGUAUCACUUGCACCCUUGUGGUGUCUGCUUGUUUUAUCAUUGCUACCCCCAGCACCAGCAAAUGAAGGCAGGAAAAAACUUCAGAUUGGUGUGAAGAAGAGAGUGGAAAACUGUCCUAUUAAGUCUCGUAAAGGAGACACAUUGCACAUGCAUUACACGGGGAAGCUGGAGGAUGGCACAGAGUUUGAUAGCAGUAUCCCCAGGAAUCAACCAUUCACAUUCACACUGGGUACUGGACAGGUUAUCAAAGGCUGGGAUCAGGGACUUCUUGGAAUGUGUGAAGGAGAGAAGAGAAAACUAGUAAUCCCCUCUGAACUGGGGUAUGGCGAUAGGGGAGCACCUCCCAAAAUACCAGGAGGAGCUACACUGAUCUUUGAAGUGGAAUUAUUGAAAAUUGACAGACGAUCAGAUUUAUAAACUGGGUUGGGUGCCUGUUCCAUUCCUCUAUGUUGCGGAGAGGACAGUAAUUGUGUUAAGGGGGGCAACUUUUCACAUGGUAUUAAAUAAACACAGACUCCAAAA